AUGGGCUUCGGCGACUUCACCAGCCUCUGCCACACGGCGCCGCUGCCGUUGUGUGCUUCCAUCGGCCCCAUCACCUCCAUCUCGAGCGGCGUGGGCAUCGAGCCUGACUGCUACGCUCGCAACAUCGAGCUCGCCAACACAAUCAUCUUUCAGGGCGCUGCCAGUUUCAUGCACAUUGUCGCCCUAGUCAUGACCGUUGUUAUGAUUCUGCACGUCCGUGGAAAGUUCACGGCUGUUGGACGCAAGGAAAUCACCACCUUUUUCUAUCUCUACAUGCUCCUGAGUUUCCUAUCGUUGGUCGUCGACGCUGGUGUCGUGCCACCCGGCUCCUCACCAUACCCAUACUUCGUCUCCAUCCAGAACGGCCUCUCCUCCGCCAUGAUCACCUGCCUCAUGAUCAACGGGUUCGUCGGCUUCCAGCUGUACGAGGAUGGCACUCCCCUGUCCCUGUGGAUGAUGCGGCUGUGCUCCUUCGCCGCCUUUGUCAUAUCCUUCCUCGUGUCUCUGGCCACGUUCAAGUCGUGGGCGGGCCUGGGCCCUACCAACACGGUCGGCCUCUUCACCGUCCUGUACCUGCUCAACGGCGUGCAGCUCGUCAUCUACGUCGCUCUGCAGAUUCUGUUGGUCGUCAGGACGCUGCAGGACAGAUGGCCCCUCGGUGACAUUGCCUUUGGCGUCUUCUUCUUCAUCGCCGGUCAGGUCAUCCUCUACGCCUUCAGCUCGACCAUCUGUUCCGCAAUCAGCCAUUACCUCGACGGCUUGUUCUUUGCGACGACCUGCAAUCUGCUAGCCGUCAUGAUGGUCUACAAGUACUGGGACUCCAUCACCAAGGAGGAUCUCGAGUUUUCCGUCGGCACCAGAAUGAACAACUGGGAAGUCAAGGAGCUCCUGCCCGAGGAAGAUCGCCGCGCAACCAUCUACACCGAGGAUCCGUAUGGCCACUCGAGCGCGUACGACCAUCCCUAUUCGCCGUCACCGACUGCCAACCGCUACUCGUCCAAGUAUUGA